AUGCUCAAAAGCGAUAUUGAAUUAACUGAAAAAGAACUUAUCAAAAAGGCAGAAAUCAUACUCCCUAAUGAGAUUGAUGAAUUAGAUUUGAGUAAAUUAGAUGAUUUAACUGAACUAAGUUUAGAGAAUUAUUCUUCUAACUCGUUUAAGUUGUAUUUAGAGGGCGGUUAUGGUUCGCUUGCCUUAAAUCUCGAUAGUUUUUCCGGUGCGAUUGUCCUCGACUUAAUAAACUGUUCUAAGAGAAUCAAUUUGAGUUUAAGUGUUUAUUCCCCAUUAACUAACUUGACUUUAAAUAAUUGUGAUAAUUUAGCGGUAUUGGAUAUUGAAGAAGAAUGUAAAAAAUUAAAAACUUUGGAUAUCAGCGGCAGCAAAACCAUUACUGCCGAACUUGAAGCAAGUCCCUCCGGUGAUGAAUUGGUAGUCAACGAGAAAAAAUUCGAGCAAAUUGAGGAAUUAAAAAGGCAAAAAAAAGCACUGGAAAAAGAAUUCGAGCAAAUUACAGAAGAACUUCCCAAGCAGGGCGUUACUUUCCAAUUCCGUGAUUAUUUGGAGCCAGUUAGUUUGGAGCAAUUUGUCGCCGGGGGAUUGAUAUUAGUAAUAUUCUAUUCUUUCCUUUAUUAUUUUGACGACUUAACCGAGAGAGAAUUAAGAGUGCGGGGCGGACAUUACAGCAAAAAUGUUUUGCUGGAAAAAUUUCGCGGCUUGCCGCUAGAAGAAAAACAACGCUACCAAAACCAAGUUAUUAAUUUGGUCGAAAAGGACGCGGGCACCAUUGGUUAUUAUUGGGAGCAUUUACCAAACCAUUUUUUUCAUAGCGGAGCAAUAAAUCAUUUAUCGGGCAAAAAUGGCACGGGCAAAACCACUCUUUUAUAUCUCUUGCUAGGAAUGUUAACUCCUGAGAAGGGAGAAAUAGUAAUCGUGACCGAGAAAAGAGACGGAGGGGAAGAAAAUUACGUUCUUCAUUGCGAUUUAAACUUGCAGCGAUGA